CAGGACUUUCCUCUGGGGCGGCUCCCCUCCCCGCGCGGAAGAGGAGGCGCCAACCGCCUACGACGCGAGGAAAGACGGGUGGGCCCGCGUUUCAACCCGGCUUUGCGCCGCGCUCCGAGGGCUUAGCCGGUGCGGGCAACCGAGCGGGUCGGCGGAGACCAUGUCCAGGGCGCGAAGAAGAGGCGCGGGAGAUUCUCUCGCCGGCUUCAGGCGGGGCGCGGGCGACGGCGUUGCGGCGGUGCCCCAGGGGCUGAUCCGGACGGCGCGGAAGAGCGGCCAGUUGAACCUCUCUGGCCGCGGGCUGACCGAAGGUGAGCGGGGCCGCCGCUUGGAUUCCCCCGUCUCCGCGGGCCGAGGCCGCGGCUGCCUCCGCUGCGCUGCCUUUCCUGAGGAGACCGGACGGUCCCCACCUGUCGGCCGCGGAGGCCGCGUCUUCCUCUCAGGUCGCGCCCGGCUGCUUCCCGCUUUAUUCCUGAGGAAAGAGCGCUGGUUGGGGCCCGAGGACUCCAGGGGCGUGUGCUGAGCUGAGGGCGGCUUCAUUCCCUCUUUUAAUAAUAAUAAUAAUUAUAAUAAAUAAUAUUUUUUUUAAAAAAAAUCCACACAAUUUAACAAAUGCAGUUCAAUUUCAAUACAGUGUUCUCUUGACAUUUUGACUCCCUACCCUUCUGUGAGGUUGCCAUUCAAAUCUUUUAUCUACUGCCUUAAAUACUUCCCCCCCCUAAAACAUAUAAUUUGUAUUAAAUUCAUUAUAUCUAGUCAGAUAUUUGUAUCGGGUACAAAUAAGUAUUAUUCUCCUUUUUAUAUUUCAAACCCAGCCUGCGAUUUCAUUUGUCUAUAGUAUUUGUAUGGGGUACAAAUAAAUAAUAAAGGUGACUAUUAUUAUUCUCCUUCCUUUGCUUAUAUUUCAAAUCCUGCCUGCGAUUUCAUUUGACCAUAAUAUUUUCUCAGACAGUCCGAAAAGGGUCUCCCCUCUUCCACAGACAUUCUGUAUCUUUGGUCUCUUUAUUUUUUGCUCCACUCCCUCUUGUCUACCACAGUUUGGGGGCAUUUGAAUGGGCAUUGGCCAUCAUUUUAUUAUCCCUCUGAAGUUUUAUAAUGUGCCUUUCCUGUGGGGGGCUGGAUGGAGGUCGGCAACUGGGGGAAGAACCCGCUUAUUAUUUCUUAAGCCUGGGCGAAGGGAAGAGGAGAGCUUGGGUUGCAUCCAGCGCCAGCCCUAUUCGGAAUAGGAGCACUGAAGUUAACUAACACGAGGUUGAUUGAUUUUGGUGGGUUUCAUUUGAGGGGGGGGGUUGAAUACAACCAUUUCUGCUUCAUCUCAGGUUGUCUUAAAAGAUGGUUGGGCAAAUUCAUGGACUGUCAGUGGCUACUGGCUCUGGUGACUGCCUACUUACCUCCAGAGGCAGUUGCUGGAAGUUGCAAAUGGUGACUUCUUGUGGGAUUCCCAUAGGUUGCUGGUCGACCACAGAGAACAGGAUGCUGCACUAGGUGAGCCAUAGGUCUAAUCCAGAAGGGCUUUUCUUGUGUUCAUUUUUCUGUCUCCAGUCCCUCCACACGUAUGGCGAAUAAACUUGGAUACUCCAGAAGAGGCGAAGCAAAACCUCUCCUUUAGUGCUGAUGAACGGUGGUGGGAGCAAACUGAUCUCACCAAACUAAUAUUAUCUUCGAACAAACUGCAGUGUCUUUCUGAUGAUCUAAGACUGUUGCCUGCUCUCACUGUAUUGGAUGUGAGUACAGUAUUUUUGAUUAAUGUUGCUUUCAUAUUCAUAUUUUGAUGAUGAAAAGUGAGGGAAAUAGGCCUCUUUCAUUCUGUAAGAGCUUUGUUGUGUUUCGUAAUCUUCAGGGAUAUGCAUAGAUCUUACGUUAAAGAUACAUUUUUGUGUUCAUGCAAUCAAGUAGUAUAAAAAUUUUACGAAAUAAGUAAAAUAAAUAAACACACUCUAACAAUGUGUUAAAUAAAAACUGGAAAGAUUUAAAGAGCUUUGUUAUUUAUCACCAUAUUUUCAGACAUAGUUCAGAAUGUAAUGUAGUGGCUGAUGGUAAUGCUUGGAUCCUAAACUGUUUGGUACAGGGAGCAAUUGAUUUCUUACUUUUUUGAAGUAAGUAAAAGUGCUGACAAUUUCUUUUUAUUUUUAGGUGCAUGAUAAUCAACUGACAUCUCUUCCUUCUGCUAUAGGAACACUGGAAAAUCUCCAGAAACUUAAUGUGAGGUAAAUAUAUUGUACAAACUUUGUACACAGAACAUGUUUAAGGAAUGGAAAAAGUUUAAAGAUCUUUAAAGUGAAGAUUGAGGUGAGGAAAGUUUAAGUACAUUAGUUUUUAGUUAUGUGUAGAUAGUAGGUUCUUGUGGACAUGUAACAUUUGUAAAUUAACAGGCAAGAUUGUUUUAGAACAAAGUACUGAUGCAUUGGGAUGCGGGUAGUGCUGUGGGUUAAACCACAGAGACUAGGACUUGCCGAUCAGAAGGUCGGCGGUUCGAAUCCCUGCGACGGGGUGAGCUCCCGUUGCUCGUUCCCUGCUCCUGCCAACCUAGCAGUUCGAAAGCACGUCAGAGGGCAAGUAGAUAAAUAGGUACCACUCUGGUGGGAAGGUGAACGUCUUUUCCGUGCGCUGCUCUGGUUUGUCAUGCUGGCCACAUGACCCGGAAGUUGUACGUCGGCUCCCUUGGCCAAUAAAGCGAGAUGAGCGCCGCAACCCCAGAGUCGGCCAUGACUGGACCUAAUGGUCAGGGGUCCCUUUCCCUCUUUACGAAUGCGUUUCUUCAUAAUUUUUAUUUUAUCAACAGCCAUAAUAGACUAAAAGAUAUACCGGAGGAGCUUAUCCAACUAAAACAUUUAAGAAGUCUGCUUCUGCAGCACAAUGAAUUAAAUCAGUUGCCUGAUGAAUUUGGAAAGCUUAUUAGUUUGGAAGAGUUGGUAAGUAGAGAAGGCUUUUAUGAUGAUUCUGGUGAUGUUUUGGUUACUAAUAUUAGUUCAUUACUUGCAUAACUCUUGAAGGGGUACUGUUCUUUAAAAUUCUUACCUUUGAUUUACCAGCCCCGUAUUAAUAGUCAUUUGGUACUUGUUUGACAGUUUUGCUACGAAAGCAUUUAAAUUCUAUGUAUGACACUGCUUGCAAAAAUUGUAUGAUUUGUUAAAUCUUUUAUUUUACUGUAUCUGAUUCAUUUAAAAUUAAGCUGAUUGAUUAUGUGUGGGGGUUUUUUAAUUUAAAAAAAAUUAUCUCCAUCAGAAGUCUCAUGGGAUGUGUUGAAAAUUCGACUUCUCUUUCAUAAGGCCAACAUUUCUGUUUUCAACUCUGGCCAAUGGGAUUCUUCCCAGAAGUUCACUAGAAAGGCAACAGCCAUUCUCUCUUGUCUCCAUCUCCCCACACCUUGCAGCUUUUAUUAAUAGAUUUGUUACCUGAGAACAUCAAGGAUCCAUAUAGCUAUCGCAGUUAAUAACCAAUAAUAGACUUACCCUCUUUUAAAGAUACCUGAGUGUGGCAGUCACCUUAUUGUGUAGCAGUGAAUUCCAAUUCAUGAUGCAUGUUUUGCAAAGUACUUUAUUCUGUCUGCCCAGAAUCUUCAGUUGGUCAGUUUUCUUGGGUAAGACCACUAGUUCUAGCAUAAUUAGAGAGGGAGAAAAUGUAAUCCAUUUUUUCCAUACUAUUUCCAGUUUAUCAUUUUUCUGUCCCUUCCCCUGUUGUCUUUUUCCUAAACUGAAAAGCUACCGAUAUUUCAGACUGUACUUGUAAGCAGGUAUAAAAAUUGUCCAUCAUAUUUGAGAAAGCUGCUCACACACAGUAAAUCAUAUUUAUUUCAAACAAUGUAUUUCUAUGAUGAGGCUUAUGACUGUCUUCAGUCUACCAAGUGAAUAUUCCAUUCAUUGCUGCUAGCCAUUCAUAUUGCUAUUUUAUAAUCCCUUUGACAUUGGAACUACUGCAUUCUGGCCAUGCCAAACAAGAAAUUCUUGGACUUCAUUUGAAAAAGAACCAGGGUGGAAAUACUGCAAGUGCUGACUAAUAACUGCCAUGUUUUCAUACUUAGUGCUGAACCCAUACUACUUGGCUUAUUCACCACAAUUUUCUUACGUAGCCAUUCUAAACCAUAACAUAAUUUUUUAUUUUCCGCUUUCUUUAGGAUAUUUCCAACAACCGUAUUUCUAGUAUCCCAACAAGUUUUCGUUUUCUAACAAAUUUGGUGAGGCUCAAUUUGACUUGUAAUCAUUUGAAGAGCCUGCCAGCAGAAAUCAGUGCAAUGAAAAGUAAGGAAGCCUUGAAUUAUGACUUGACUGGAAUCUUUUUGUUGUCUUAUUUUCCUGGUAGUAGGGGUUUAAUGAAACUUCAUUUUAAAAGUACAUUGCAAUCACUCUUCUCUAAGGAAUUUUAUGUUCAUGUACAUCAGUGGUUCCCAAACUGGUCUGUGGAUCACUAGUUUCAUUCAGGUGGCCCAUAGUGUGCCUAUAAAAAUAGAGUAAAUAUAUAUAUAAAACAUCAAAACAACAACAACCACACAACAUCUAGCACUGUGCAUACCAUUGCUACAAUAGGCAGAUAAAUCAUUAAGUGGUCGGCAAAGACCCUCAACAGUUUUCAAGUGGUCCAUGGGGGAAAGAGAUUGAGAACCACUGAUGUAGUUGAGAAAGUGUGGCACCCAAUUUUAACCAGAACUUGGUAGUCCAGCAGAACUGGUCUUCACAGUGCAGUAAGACUUUCCUGUGACAAUUUAUGAGAAGACGCUUAUAUGUAAAGUGCCUCUGCAUUGUAAUCUGCAUGCAAUGUAAGCUAUUCACAGCAGAAAGCAAUAGUUUUCCUUGGCAAAUGUGGGGCAGCAUGUAUUCAGAAAUGUGUUAACAGCUAUGUGUCUUUGUACAGCUAUAAAUAAUGGUCUGGACUGAAAGAAACAUGAGCAGAGUUCUGCUCAUGUAACAGGGCUUUCCCACUCACCAUUCACACUGCAGACUACCAAGCCCUCUGAAAAGUCAUUCCUUAUCGUUGGGACCCUCUGAGACAGUGUGUGAAACAGUGUGAAAACUCACAGAGGGAAAAGGGGCAACUCUGCCUUGUAAGCGGAAGUGCCUUCUUGCCUACACAAGAGGGUUUUCCUCAGCCGUGAGUCAUUGUCUUUUAUUCCCAAGUGGCAUAGCUCUUAACUAAGAAUUCUGAAGAUUCUAAUGUAGGUAUAACUUAAAAAUCCAGCAAUAUAUUCUACAGCCUUUGCAUUAAUUAAUAUUUGGCUUGGCUGGCAAAUAUUUGAAGCCUCUUUCAGAAGUAUAAUAAAAAAAUAUUCUUGUGUGGUGCUUGUAUUUAAGCCACCCUAUUUUUUAAUUCUAAUGUUUCCACUUGUUUCUCCAUUUGGCAUUUUGGUAGGCUGUUGUGAGGACAAGAUGUUAAAUGAAAUGGGCCUAAGGCCUGAUCCAGCAGAGCUAUUCUUAUGUUCCUUUCUAUAGGUCUGAGACAGCUUGAUUGUUCAAAAAACUAUCUGGAAACAAUACCUCCUGAAGUGGCCAAUAUGGUAUCAUUAGAGCAGCUUUAUCUAAGGAGAAAUAAAUUGUGUUACCUGCCAGACCUUCCUUCAUGUAAAUUUUUAAAGGUAAGGUUUAUUCUCAGUACAUAUUACCUAAAAUAUGUAAACUCCAAUAAAGACAUCUUUUAAAACAGAUUUAUUCUCAGUAUGUUUGAUGCCUGUGUGUGUAUAGAUUGUAGUAUUGAAUCUUUUCUUUUCUGAAGCCUGUUGCAAUUAAGGAUAAGUUAAUCUUUAUGUUGGUGAAACUGAAAUAAAAGUGGUCAAGUUAAUGCAGCUAGCUUCUGAAAUUGGAUUCUAAGCUUUAUUUUGUCUUGUGAUGCUAGGGUUACAUUGCAUUUAACAAUUAACAUGGUGCUUUCAGGCAGCAUUUUCUUCAAAGAGAGGGGCAUCCUAGUGACACAUGCACAUAAAGCUUUUGUUCAAGUGUGGAUGGAACAUUUUUCAAAUGAAAACUAAUUCUAUCCAGAUUUUAAUAAGGCUGGUGAGGGCCAAUCCAAUGCAGAAGUCACUCUGGCUGAGUUCUGUGCAGUUUAGUAAGAGAAUAAUAUAGCAACUCUAAUGACUUAAGUUUCUACAAGCUAACUAUAGGCCAGCUAUAUGUCCAACAGGUUGAUCGCAAUCGACAGGUUGAUACCUGAAUGAUCGCUGUUGAUUGUGGUCGACCGUGGGCUCCCUUAUGAUCGCUGGCUCUGCCCCCACUGUUGUCGGAAAGUAUUGCUGCUCCUGCUUGUUAUUAGCAGAGCAACUGUAGUCUCACCUAAAAAAAAGCUCAACAAAUUUGGGCCCUCCCCCCACUGACAAUGGGUAGAUCACUGUCAGUUGUUUUAUACUGGGAGUAGAUCGCAGUCUCUAGGGAGUUUGACGUGCGUGCUGUAGACUAUCUGCUUAAAAAACUCUAAAUUCAAUAAAUAUGUAAAAAUAUGACUCUUGCAUCCUAUGUUAUAGAUUAACCUUGAUACAGAAUUGAUAGAUUAUGUGAUUUAUUCAUUUUUAAAAUUCUUCUAGGAGUUGCAUGUUGGUGAAAAUCAGAUUGAAGUGUUAAAACCUGACCAUCUGAAACAUCUGAAUUCUUUGUGUGUAUUGGAACUAAGAGAUAAUAAGCUAAAAUCGCUGCCUGAUGAAAUAACCCUGUUACAGGGGUUAGAGCGACUAGACCUAUCCAACAAUGAUAUUAGUAGGUAAGACUAUGGGCAUUGUUUAGAGUGACUGGGGAAACCCAGCCAAAUGGGCGAGGUAGAAAUAAUAAUAAUUAGUUGUCUUCCUUAGUUUGGAGCAAGUUUACACUGUUACUGAAUUUAAAAGCAAAUGCUCAAACCAUACUGUUUCUUGAAAUACAUUAUUAUUAAUUGGUAAAGUAAUAUUGAACCAUGAAUAAUGCUCUAAUUAACAAGGUUCAUAAUGCAGGGGCUUGGAUCUUAACCAGUGGUGAAAGUUCCGCUAAUAGAGUGCUCCCAUCAGCAAAAGUGGGGGGAUCUUUCACUGAUUUCUGUGUACCCACAAGAGCAGUGUCCACAUGAAAUUCUGCUCUGGAUGAUUGGGGAAAUCAUUCAGACCAGCAGGAGAAGUGGCAUGGAGGUACCUGUGAAAAUUGCCUCUCCCAUCCCUUCUGCCGGGGGAUUCUCAACUGGAUAUUUCCUUAUCAGUGAAUAGAAGGAGCUUGUGACUGUUUGCACUUACCGUAUUUUUCACUCUAUAAGACACACUUUUUCCCUCCAAAAAAGUAAGGGGAAAUGUGUGUGCGUCUUAUGGAGCGAAUGCAGGCUGCGCAGCUAAGCCAGAAGACAGAACAGCUGCGCAGCGAUCCCUCUCGCUUUUCUGGCUUCUAGCUUAGCUGUGCAAAGCCUCCGCAGGGCAGCAGGGUGCCUUCAUCCAGGGAGCCAGGGAUAGCCGCACUCCCUUUAAAGAGCGUGCGGCUAUUGCGGGAGGUGGGGGAAGUGACAGAGCCGCGCGCUCUGUCACUUUCCCCACCUCCCGCAAAAGCCCCCAAGAGCCGCACUCCCUUUAAAGAGCCGCACGGAGUGUGUGUGUGGCUCUUGGGGGCUUUUCUCUGAGUGAUGGGCUGCCCUUCUCCCUCCUCGGGGAAAAGCCUGCAAGUGCCGCACACAUGCUCCACGCAGCUCGUGAAAGGGAGCGCUGAGCAGAGCCUGGGAUGCAUACAGGCUCUGUUCAGCGCUCCCUUUAAAUAAUAUUUUCCCCCUUGCUUUCCCCCUCUAAAAACUAGGUGCGCCUUAUUGUCAGGUGCGUCUUAUGGAGUGAAAAAUAUGGUAGUUUGGAUCCAAGCCUGAAUAACUGAACUGAGCAUUGCUUCCAUCUUCUGGCUUUGAGGUUGUUUAUAAAGAGAAUUCUUCUCUCUGCAGCCUUCCUUCCAAGCUAGGAAACCUGUCUCAACUGAAGUUCUUGGGGCUGGAAGGAAACCCUUUAAGGACAAUCCGAAGGGAUGUUGUACAAGUAAGAGCAUAAUUUACAUACUGUCUUGAGUUGUUUCUACCCCUUAAGAUUCAAAAGAUGCAAGUGGUUGACAAGCUUUUUGUGCUUUUAUUCUUCCAUUUCAGAAAGGGACGCAAGAAAUUCUGAAAUACCUUAGAAGUAAAAUACAAGGUAAAAGUUUUCUUUGUGAGGAUAAGGUUACAGUUAAAUCAACUCUUGGACUAGCUAGAUUAACUCUUCAUGAUCUUGUUAUGUCUAGAAAUCUAUUUGUUCACACCUGGUUGCAUAUCUUUUCUCUUUUCCAAGUCCCACAUAAGAGAUAGUUUCUAGUAUGUAUCAGAAUGAAGUACAUCCCUUGUGAUAUAAAUUCUUAUAUAAAUAAAUUCUUACAUAAAUAAAUUGAAAACUCUUGCUCAGUGUUAAUAGAACAGUGGGAAACAAUGUCCAGAGGAAUCACUUGUUGACUAGAUACCAGCUUAAUAGUUUACUACAGUGGUACCUUGAUUUAAGAACUGCUUAGUUUAUGAACAAGUUGGAUUAAGCUGCAAACCCGGAAGAGUUUUGGUUUGUGAACUUUACCUUGGAAAGUUCUUGGAAAACACACUCCUGUUGAGUGUGUUCCAUUUGUAAAUCCCCCACUGCUAUGGGAAAGUACGCCUUGGUUUAAAAACGCUUUGGUUUAAGAAUGGACUUAAACCGGAACAGAUUAAGUUUGUAAGCCCAAGGUACCACUCUAUUUCUUUAAAAUGGACAUGGAGGUGGAAGAUGCAAAGAUAGCAAUUGCUACAUUUCCUACAGCUAGCUCUGAAUGUUGAGCAUGACAGUCCCCUGCACUACAUAGCAAACUGCCUUAGAAUCUAGAGGAAAUUUUUGCAGCAGUUUGUGAUACGUACAAUAGUUUGCUUUUCCAAGGAAAAAAGGCAAAAAUAUAAGUUGUGGAUAUGCUUAAGGUCACUCUCUGGAUUGUCACACAUGACUUCAGUAUUGAAGAACACUGGGAAGUUAUAAAUUAUACCCUCCCAAAAUACAUUCACCAGUAUUUUUUGUGUUACUAAGAUUUAUAAUCCAAAUGAUAUUAAACCGCAAUAAGUAGGCUUAGAUGACUGGGUAACUUGGAAUUAAGAAUGACAUUUCUGACUGAAGCUGAUAACUUCCUUGUGUUCCUUUACUUAAUAAGGAAAUAGCCACAUACUUAAUUUUGUACACAUGCUUACAAGCAUGCUUAAAAGCAUUUGAAAAUGUUUUAUUGAUUUCAGAUGAAGGGCAUACUUGCAAGUAAAUGUGUUCAUGCUUGAGCACUAAGGCUGCUUUCUCCCUUGGUGUUCUAUUUAAACGUAAAUUUAUGUAUCUAAACAUAAAUACAUUGAGAAAGAGAGAAUGAAUCUUAACUAUUUGUGCCAGAGGAUUUCGAGACUAGUGUGUAAUAACUAACUGGUGAUGGCACUUGAAAGGUCUGGCUCUGAUAUAAUUUGAAAAUAAUUCCUUAGCUAUAUUUUGUAUGUAUACAGUGGUACCUUGGGUUACAUACGCUUCAGGUUACAGACUCCACUAACCCAGAAACAGUACCUUGGGUUAAGAACUUUGCUUCAGGAUGAGAACAGAAAUUGUGCUCUGGCGGUGCGGCGGCAGCAGGAGGCCCCAUUAGCUAAAGUGGUGCUUCAGGUUAAAAACAGUUUCAGGUUAAGAACGGACCUCUGGAAUGAAUUAAGUACUUAACCCGAGGUACCACUGUAAAAGUUAGAUGGUAGAACUAAUGAACCUGGGUUACUAUACAGACUUAACUGCCAGUAUAUUUCAUAGUCAGGUUUUUUAAGACAUGUUCCAAAAUUGAUUGGGAACUGUAUCAGCCACAUGUGAUCAGAGCAUUUUCUCUGUGUCAUUUGUAUAGCUUCCUCUUAAAUAAAUUAAAAAUGUAUUGCAGCCAAGUUUUUAGGCUAUACAAUCACCAAGUUAUUUUCCUGUAACACCCUGUACAGUUCUUUGACAUUUGGCAACACUUGAACAGAUUGACCACAAGAUACUUACAAAUGCAAUCCAAAAAUGGUUCACUUAAAGCCACUUGCUCCAUUGGUCUUGAUAUACCGUAUUUUUUGCCCUAUAGGACGCACCGUCCCAUAAGGCGCACCCAGUUUUUUGGGGGGGAAAUAAAGGGGGGGAAUUAUUUCCCCCCCAGGCGUGGGGCUGGGGCGGGGGAAGCCCAGCGUGGGCUCCCACGGCUUGCGGAGAUCUGCGUGAAGCCUGCAUUCGCCCCAUAGGACGCAUACACAUUUCCCCUUCAUUUUUGAAGGGGGAAAAGUGCCUCCUAUGGGGCGAAAAAUACGGUAGUUAAGGAAUACAAAGUUCUUUGCCCUACGUCACUGAUACAGAUAGAAGUGGAUAAAACUGCAGUCCAAAAUACAUUCUUACACUUGGAAGAAAUAUUGAUAUUCCCAGCCUUUUCAGACUUUCCAAAGAACAAGCCUGAGAGUCUUCUAGAUCCAUUGUAUGAAAUAUUUUGAACAAAGUCGUCUUUAAUUAUCGUUGUGUCUGAAUGAAGCAAACUUCAUCUGCUGUGAAAACUUACUUUGAUGAUGUUCAGACUCCAAAGUGGGUAAAAUUGAAAUGAAAAAUCAUCUUAACUACUUGGCUACAUUUUUAAAAAUCUUCAGAUUUUUGCAGAUUCUCAUGUUUGUAAAAUAUUAAACGUAUAUACUUCCUUUUGCUUUCUUUAGAUGAUGACAUAAUUGGUCCAAAUGGAGAAUUUCCUGUGACAGCAAUGACUUUGCCAAGUCAGUCAAAAAUUAAUCUGCAUGCUAUAACUGCAUUAAAAACAUUGGACUAUAGGUAAGAGAAUUUUAAGCUUAUCAGCUCUAUACAUAUACCGUAUUGGCUUGAAUAUAAGCCUCACUUUCCCCCCAAAUUCCGACCGUGAAAAGUUAAAGUGUGGCUUAAAUUCACGAACUUACAAAAAUUGGCUUUUACGAUAUCACUGCUGAAACAGACAUAUGGUAAAAUGGAACAGGUGUGAGUGCCAGUGGAAUUUUAAGGGAGCAGCUUAUAUUUGGGUAUUGUUUCUCUCCCGCCCCCCAUGAAUUUUAAAGGUUCGGCUUAUAUUUGGGUGUGGCUUAUAUUCGAGCCAAUACAGUAAAUAAAAACAAAUAUAAUGGGCAGAAUCCAACAAAGUUGUUCUGUUUUCAUUUACACAAUGGAACUUCCCUCUUUCCCCCUCUGUGCCCUCUCCAGAUCUGCUCCAAAUGGUUUUGGGGUACCUCCAGAACAGAUUUAGAGGGUGCCUGGGGAGAGGGAGGGGAACUUACACUGUGCAGACAGAAGUCCUUGUGCUUACAGAACUACUUCGUUGGAUACCAUGUGAUGCAUCCUUGAUAGAGCAAAUGGCACUGGUGCAGUUUUAAUGAGGCCACCCCUUAAUCAUGAGUGAAAGAAAACGCCACAAAAAAUACCUGUUUUUAACUUCUUUAUUGAAACUUCUAAUAUUUUAUAUUCUUGUAAACUGCUUAGCUGUUUCCUUACAAACAGGCGGUAUAUAAAUUUUGUUAAAUAAGUCAGAAGUGGCUCACUUAGUGGGGUGGAGCCACAGUGCUAGCUUCCCAGCAGCAGCAGCACUUUCCAGGGGUACAGUGGUACCUUGGGUUACAUACGUGUCAGGUUACAUACGCUUCAGGCUACAGACUCCACUAACCCAGAAAUAGUAUCUCAGGUUAAGAACUUUGCUUCAGGAUGAGAACAGAAAUCAUGUUCCAGAGGCGCGGCGGCAGCGGGAGGCCCCAUUAGCUAAAGUGGUGCUUCAGGUUAAGAACAGUUUCAGCUUAAGUACGGACCUCCGGAAUGAAUUAAGUACGUAAUCAGAGGUACCACUGUAUCUAGGUGGAGGAGAGAUUGGCUUCACAGAUGCACCCAAACAUUCCCAAUCAGGUACUGCACUAUUAAGUUUAAAAGGCUCUCAGAAUGGCUUACGUAAGAUCAGUAACAAACCAGACAGUACUACCUAUGCACAGGAUUUCAUUCUAAAAGUGUCUUUGGAUUAGUAUUGUUGACGUUUUUUAGCUGGAGUUGCAAAGAUUAUAAAAACUCUAAUGCAUCUUUCCUUUUUUUAAAAGUGUCUCCUUAGGAUACUGGGAUCUGGCUUCCUAACCAUGUUUUAUUUUGAUAUUUGAGUACAAUAUAAUUCAUUUUGCAACCUGACUCUUAAAUGUACAGUGCCUUUCCUAUUGGAGUUCUGGCCAAUUGAUAAUGUUGUUAUCCUUCUAUUAAAUAAUAUGACUUUUUAAAUAAAUAUUUUCCAGUGAAAAACAGGCAGCUGUAAUUCCAGAUGAAGUGCUGAAUGCAGUUGGAACCAAUCCAGUCACUACUGUAAAUUUCAGCAAGAAUCAGCUGACUGAAAUUCCAAUAAGGUACUGUUUCUCCUAGAGAAAUAUUAAUUAAACCUUUUUGAGAUGGUAUGGGGGGGGACUGGAGUGCAAUCACAUACACGACUGUACUUUUUGGUAGUGGGGGUGUUGUACUUCUUCAUGUGCCCUCUCCUCAAGAUGUCUAGAGGAUGGAAACAUGAGAAUGGGUCUUUUUUUGCAAUGGCUCCCUGUUUGUGGAAUGUUCUCCUCAGGGAGGCUGGCCUGGUGCCUUCACUACAUAUCUUUAGGCACCAGGCAAAAACAUUCCUCUAUAAUGAGGCCUUUCACUGAUUAUGCAAUCUAUGGCCUUUUAAAUCUAUUUAUGAGGGGGUUAUUGGGGUAAGUUUUUGUUAUUAUUAUGAUAUGUAUUUGUUUUUAAGUUGUAAACCACCCUGUGAUCUUCAGAUGAAGGGCAGUAUAUAAAUUUAAGUAAUCCAUAAUAAUAAUUGUAAGACCUUUCAUUGGGGUGGAGGAGGGCAGAGCGGUGUUAACUUAAAAGCAAAUAAACCAAGGUUUGGCCUACAGCAGAAUUUAGGAAAUCAUCACAAUAGAUAUACAGACAAGUGACCUGAUUUGUACACAACACUAAACCAUAGUUGAGUGUUAUGUGAAGGGAGAAGAGUUACAGCAGAGUUUACUUUUACUUUUAAAGAAUCCCAGCUUAACUCUACAUAUGAACGUAGGGGCAGUGGCGGAGCUUCAGGCUCUGGCAUCAGGGGGCGGAGAGCAGGCGGGGUAUGAUGCGCGUCCUGGGGGCAGGGCGCCCUGCGCAGGGAGGGCAGCCAUGAUGGCACCCCACCGGGAUCGCACUUCUGGGGGGCGGGGCGCUCCCCCCACAUUCCUCUUCCUCCGCCAGUGCCUAGGGGUCUGAUUUAAAACAAACUCUGUUAAGUUUUAUAACAACCCAGAUAGAUAGAUAGAUAGAUAGAUAGAUAGAUAGAUAGAUAGAUAGAUAUUCGUGUGUGUGUGUGUGUAUCUAUGUAUAUACUGUACUGUAUAUAUAAAAACUAAGCCAUGGUUCUGUAAAAAUUAACUAUUGUACACUUUGGCAAAAUUAUCCUCCUAGGCACAUGGGAUGUGAAGAGUGGAGUGCAGGUGUGUCCACAUUGUUUUAAACCAUGGUUGAGAGUUGCAUGUGAAUGUGGCCCAAGAUUUCUGAUACUGGCUUCUUCUAACAAACCAUAGUUUAAACAAGAGGAAUCCAACAAGAUGCCCAACAGAUGUUGUGGACUAGAACUCUUAUUAUCCUUGGCCAUGCUGGCUGGAGGUGAUGGGACUUGUGGCCCACAACAUCAGCUACCGCUGGUUUAAAGUAAGCAGAGUUCCCAAUUCAGACUUAGUGAGUUAGUUUGAACCUGGAAGCAGGUAUUUUCAUAUUGUGGCUGAGGCCUAUCUAAAGCUGACCUAGGGCCCAUUGGUGGGUCCCAGUGUUUGAGAGAAACUAAUAGAAAGUUACACAGUGGUGAAUACAAUCCGGUUUAAUCUGAUCUUUUGAAAUAGCACGAAACAAUUGAUGAGAUCAAUUGCUUUUUUUCUUUUUUUUUACAACUGGGCUUCAGAAUUGUGGAACUAAAAGAAUCAGUCUCUGAUAUCAAUUUUGGUUUCAACAAGCUCUCGUCUAUUUCUCUGGAGCUCUGUAUGCUUCACAGACUGACACAUUUGGAUGUUAGGUAGGUGAUUACUUAAACCUUUGUUUAUACAACAUUUUUGAAGGGAAUUUGUAGAUUCCCUUAAGGAUUUUCCACUUGAUUAAUGCUGACAGUUGACAGUUGAAUGUUAGCCAAUGUAGGUAGGUAUGGUUUUUUUUUAAAAAAAUUGCACUGUAUUUGUAUUCAAGUGAAUCCCAGAGCAGCUUGCAAACAGCAAUGAACAUAACAGUAGAACAUCCCAGUUACAACACAAACACAACCAUUUCAGUGCCUGAGCUAUUAAAGCUUACCCUAUCAAGCAGGCCCAUGCAGAGCUUGUCUGAGGCCCAGACCAGAGUCUUGUUAGAAUAAAGUUAUAAACUCAAAAAAUAAAAAUAAAAAGCAGCUGGUCCCUGACAGGGGCCCCCAGCUGGCUUAACCCUCUGAGGCCUGGGGCAAGUGUAUCUGCUGCCCGCCCCCUGAAUGGGUCUGCUACCAAAUAAUACACUAUAUAAUAAUUUAUUGUAAUCAAUAAAGCAAUGGUAAUAAAACAGCAGCUAAAAAGUAGGCUAAACUUUUUUACAUUCACCCAUACCCUACUUCUUCCAUUCAGUACAGGUAACUUGUAUCUUAUGAGCCCUUAUGGCAGAGCUUUCCAAACUUUUCAUAUUGGUGACACACUUUUUAGACAUGCAUCAUUUUGCAAUCCAGUAAUUAAGUUUUACUAACAAACCAGAGGUUAAACUAACCCCUUUCCAGCCCCUGGAAGAGCACAGGAAGUGUUCACACGACACACUGACACACUGCAGCUGACACACUAACGUGUCGUGACACAGUUUGGAAAGUUCUGCCUUACGGUGAGGCUUUCGGAAGGCAGUGUGAGGGCUCUGGCCCAGAGCCCUCAUACUGCCUUCCCAAAGCCAAGUAAGCCCACAAUAGCAGCUUUGUGCUAUUGGUGGAGGAUAAAUAAAUGGUGAGUGAUCUUCUCCAUUUAUUUAUCCCCCCCGUCCCCCUGCACAAAGUUGCAGUUGUGUAAGUUAAGUUACACGUUAAGUUGUGUUGUACCUGUAAUAUGCAAAUAACUCUUUUUCCAGAUGCUUAGUUUGAUGCUUUUCAGAAGCUCACAAGUGGGUCUUAACCCUCCAUUUUCUCUGAUCUCAGCAACUGGUAGUCAAAAGCAUAUUGUUCCUGAACAUGGUGGUUCUACUGGUACUAAUGUGCACUCAUCAUGUAUGUUGAUUUAUAUGUAGGGUACAUAAUUUCCUAUACACAAGUGAUACUUUGUCAUGGGAAUUCACAAUAGAAUAGGUACCAACAGUUCUGCUUGCUUAUUGAGGCAAAUGAAUCUAAAUCUUUUAAUAAAAAUUAAUAGUUGGUUUAUUUGGUUGCUUUUUUCAACUUAGAAAUAACUUUUUGACAUCUCUGCCUGAUGAAAUGGAAGCACUGACAAAACUGCAAAUAAUUAAUCUUGCCUUUAACAGGUAAGUGGUCUUGUAGAUAACUCUACCAAAAUUGCUAAAUACAUAGUUAGUCUUUUGUCUUAGCUUUGUUGUAUUACAGGAUAUCCCUAUUCCUAGGAUUUACAGCAGGCUUCUGCUUUUAGAACUUCACUCAAAAAAUCUGAUUGCCUCAGCAGUGUCCUGUUGGAAGAGGAAACUUCUAUGUCACUUCAGCUUAAGUCACGUGUGAGGAACCUGUGGCGUUCCAGAUGUUUUUGUUUUCUUAUGAAUGAACUGCUUCCUGAAGUGAUUUUAUCAAUAAAAACAUCAACAAUGAAAACCAUGUCAAAGCAAAUACAAAUAUAGAUUGGAAUAAAUAUCCUCCUUAAAAGGAAGGUCUUCAACAGGUGCCAGAAAGACAAUAGCGAUGGCCCAUGCUUUUUUUCUAGAAAAGAGGUGCUGGUACUCACCAUGAAGUUGUUGCAGUAAGUGCUUCACUUUUUAACAACAACAAAAAGAGAGUUGACGGUACUGUGUACCCUUGACGGUACCCUGUGUACCCUGGGGGGGGGGAGCACUGGCGAUAGCUCCUGUCUGUUAUUUAAUGGAAGGAAUUUCAAAGAGUCAGCACUGUCACUCUAAAGGCCUGACUCCUACAUCAUAUGAAAGAAAACAGAAAUGGUUUCUGACAGAGACGCUAUUUUGCAGAGCUCAGUAUUCAGUUGGGUGUUUAUUUUGGUUUUAUUUAUUAUUACAUUUAUACCCCUCCUUUCCUCCAAGGAGUACAAUAUGGUAUAUGUGAUUUCCCCACUCCUCAUUUUAUUUUCCCAACAACCCUGAACAGUCAAGAUGAUGGCAGAAAAAACAGAUGAGCAUCUGAGAUUGUACCAGGUGCAAGCCAUAGCCAAGUUGCACAUAAUUGUGCAGAAAACUGGAGUUCUUUAAGCCAAUUAAUUGAAAAUGGUGAAAAAAGAGAGGCAUCUAUGCAUUUUCAAUAGCUAUGGGUGAAGCCUCAUGAAAUUAGAAAAAAGGAUAAGCCCAUCUUGUAAUUUCAUACAGCAGUGUAAUUCCAAUCCACCCUCUGCAAGGACACAUCCAACUCCUCAUGGACUCAUAAGGUAACUCAUUCAUUCAUUCAUUUCAAAACUGUAACUGUUUAAAAGGACCAGUUACCCUUAUAAAUCCUUCCACAUAUAUGCAUCUAGGGGGAAAUACCUAAGUGAAAGAAAAAGCGUGCUUUUGAAUCCUUACGAAAAAGUUACUGAGGGAAUUAGUGUUUAUACAUUUAUUUGACUGUGCCCCUCUAGGUGCUGUUGCCUUGGAAACAUUCCCCUGACCUUUUAUGCCUUGGGAGAGUCAGCUCUCUAAAGAGAAACAUUUUGAGCCUGAAAUUCUAGCACUGUCAUGAAGGCAGGGAAUGAAAAAGGCGGGAAAACUCCUCAGUUUAGCAACACCAAAAGGGAUAGAGAGGAAGAAACACAGUUAAAACACCCCCACCAACUCACAAAAUACACAAUAGGAAAGACAAAAGAGCAAGUAAAGGAAAGUACUUGAGGAGAGAACUAAAGGAGCCAACUGUCACCAACUUCAGGCAGGUUGUCUGGUGAGAGGGAUGACUCCUGGAGAAGGCUGCCAAAGGCUUGAGUGGACCAUGUUACUUUCAGUAGGAAGCAUCUCUAUGAAGAACGUCAGCCAUUAUUAGCUGAAAAAUUAGAAGCUCCAAAUACUGGCUUGGUUCUAGACUUUAGUUGGUUGCACAUAGUUUCAUUGAAAGCAACAGGGUUAAGUAUUGGCUAAUUUAGAAUUACAGAAUCUUUUCGGUUGGAAGGGACCCAAGGGUCAUCUACUCCAACCCCCUGCAAUGCAGAAAUCUCAGCUAAAGCAUCCAUGACAAAUGGUCAUCCAAUCUCUGCUUAAAAACCUCCAAGGAAGGAGAAUCCACCACCUUUCAUGGUAGUCUGUUCCACUGCCGAACAGCUUUUACUGUCAGAAAGUUUUUCCAAAUGUGUUAGUCAGAAUCUCCUUUCUUGCAACUUGAAGCCAUUGGUUUGAGUCCUACUCUCCAGAGCAGGAGAAAACAAGCAUGCUCCCUCCUCCAUGUGACAGCUCAUGAAAUAUUUUAAGCUGGCUAUCAUAUCUCUGUCUCUUCUUUUCCAGGCUAAACCUAUCCAGCUCCUUCAAGCACUCCUUGUAAGGCUUAAUUUGCAGACCCUUAAUCAUCUUGGUUGCCCUCUGCACAUGUUCUAGCUUGUCAACAUCCUUCUUAGAUUAUGGUGCCCAGAAGUGCACACAGUAUUCCAGGUGUGGUCUGACCAAGGCAGAAUAGAGUGGUAUUACUUCCCUUGAUAUGGAUGCUAUACUCCUGUUGAUGAAGCCUAGAAUAAAACUUAAUCUGAAUCCAACCCUUGGUUUUGUAAAUUAGUUCUCUAAAGGCUUCUAAUAAACUCAAGUCACUUGUGCAUUGGUUGUAUUUACAAAUUAUAUUCUUGGGUAGGUUAUUCAUAAUUAUAUUAAUGAAGUGUCUCUGGUUUUCUUCAUAGAUUUAAAAUAUUUCCAAAUGUGCUGUAUCAUAUUCCAACUCUUGAAACAAUCCUCCUUGCUAAUAAUCAGGUUGGAUCCCUGGACACUCUGCAAAUAAAGAAGUUGGACAGGCUUGGUACCCUAGAUCUUCAAAAUAAUGACCUCCUACAAGUACCACCAGAACUUGGGAACUGCGUCAAUCUCAGGUGAUUAACUUCGUGAAUUUUGGAUAACUUUUUCCUAUACAGCAUAUUCUAGUUGAAAAUGUUCAUAUUUAUUCUAGGAAAGACUAAACAAAGCAGUACAAAUGUUCAUAAUGAAAUCAAUCUCAUUUUUGUGUCAUCUGACUAUUUGAAUUAGGUUACAAUUUUGAAAAUGUGUACUCUUUGGAUCUUUUCAGACAUUGGUUGAAUUGAACAAGAUUCUGCUUCCCAGGAUUGUAUACACUCAGUAAGCAUGGGUAGAAUAUAACUGAAUAUUUGAAUGGAUAGUUUUCCUAACCCUGUAUGGGAUAGAAUUCCACAAACGAGAUUUGUUAGAAAGCCCAUGUUCAAAUAAGCUCAGUCAACAUGUAAGGAGCACAGGAGAACCCUGUUUGCAAAACUGCUUAUCCUAACUGAUGGUCCUAAAUAGAUGGUGAUGCAGUUUUCUUUUCAAGGUGCAAUGCUGGAAUUUUAUGCAUAAAUCAGUGAGUGGUGAAGUGGCUCAACUGUUGAAUAAAAGAAUAAUGUGGUCUGAUGCAGACAGGGAGAAUUGAUUGAGAUGUAUUCUCCUGAUCCCUCGGUCCCAAUUAAGGGAUCAAUAUUGAGUCAGGGGAUCAUGUAUAUCUGCAGCAUGCAUUCCCCCAACCAGGUUCAGGAUUUACAAUAACACUAGAAUUUUAAGCUGGUUUCAAAUUCAAUGAAUUCCAUCUACAAAGGUCUGAAUAAGAAAAAUGUAGAAAUGUAAGAAAAACAUUUCCCAAGUGACUGUUUAAGAAAGAGAGUGUUGUCUUUUCCCCCUUGAAUUUUAAAGGUGCGGCUUAUCUGCGGGUGCAGCUUAUAUUCGGGCCAAUACGGUUUAUUUGCCAUCUUUCAACCACAACUGGACUUAUUCAGGGCAAAAUAUUAUUAUCACUUCAUCUGUUUAAAAGUUCAACAGCACACUAGAUUAGUGUUUCUAUUCAAUCUCUCACAAAGACGAUACUCGAAUAUAAGCCGUUCCCUUAAAACUGGGUUACAGGCUGAAAAUUGCUGCAGUUGGUAGAAUUGUAACUCCAAGCCAAUUUAAGUCUUUGAUCUUGCAAGCCCGCAAAAGUUACCGUACAAUCGCUCAAAUCGCAAAUCGCUAUUCAAUUGCUACAAUUCCGCAGCGACUCAAGCUCUCAAAUCGGCAAUAAAACAUUUUUUUUGUUGCGUUUUACCGUAUGUCUGUUUCAGCAGCAGUAUCGUAAAAGCCAAUUUUUGUAAGGUCGUGAAUAUAAGCUGCACUUUAACUUUCACAGUCGGAAUUUGGGGGGCAGGGAAGUGCCGCUUAUAUUUGGGCCAAUACGGUAAAUGAGUAGAGAAGGCUUCCUCAGCCUCAUGCCCUCCAGAUGUGUGGGACACAAUUCCCAUAAUUCCUGACAAUUAGCCAUGCUGAUUGAGGCUGAUGGGAGUUGGUCUAAAACAUUUGGAGGGCACUAGGCUGGAGUAGAGACAUUGCUGACUUCCAUUUUUAAAGAAAUGACACGAUAAAAUAAAAGUGAUAAGAUUUUCUCAUUUAUGAAUGACGAUUGUGUGUAUGCAUGUACAUGCGUGCACACACAUACAGUAGUCUUAACUGGUUUUUGGUCCUUCCGUUAGGACACUUUUGCUGGAAGGCAAUCCUUUUCGGACUCCUCGAGCUGCUAUUCUUGCCAAGGGGACAGCUGCUGUGCUUGAAUACCUAAGAAGCAGAAUUCCUACUUGAUCUGUUGUGCUUGGUUUGAACUGAAAUGUGUGCAAGAUCUUACCUUCUGAAGCAUGAAGAUCGAAGUCCUUAUACAUGAGAACUAUUUGCUUCGUUUAGCAUAAGCUGAGUGCAUAUGCUGGGGUCACUUUUUAAGAGCUAUUUCACAAAGGACUCUUACCUUGCAUGCCUCCAGUUCAAACUAUGCUUGCGUACAUACUUGUAUGGUGUAUGGGUAGGUUAUUGAUAGAUGGUUCUAUUCGUCCAGCAGCAAUUCCCCUGAUCAUGACAUGAUUGUAAAAAUACUGCUACCAUCUAGGAAUUAUUGAUAGCUGUAUCCAUGUACCCAUCUGAUCUCUUCUUAACCCACAUAUUCUAUAUGAACAGGUGCUGUACGUUAUCCAAAAUUGGAUAUGGUUAGAAUUGUGCUAUUGUGUUAAUUUUUUUAAAUCCUGUUUUAAACUUCCUUUUCUUUUAGCUAAUUUUAAGGUCACCAAAAAAGGGCUGCCCCCAAAUAAAAUAAAUCCAGAUCUUGAUUUGCAUAAUAUGAAGCAUUUGCACCAAGCGAUUGCCUGCUGAAGAAUUAUGGUGCUGACUUAAUCACUAAUGAAUUGGCACAUUUAUCAAAUUAUUAUUUGAAAAUAAAACUCAAAUUAUAUAUCAAAUGAUCAGUUUCAUAAAUUUAACCAAAUGACUUAGUGCAACUGUUUACAAAUGCCAGAAAUGUUUAGAAAAACUGCUGUGUGGAACAUCACAAAUGUUGGAAUAUUUUUUCUGUUUUUUUACAAUUAAUACUUGGUUGUGUGUGCGCCUUGCAAUUAUUCAAGAUGCUAGUUUGCCAAAAUUAGCAGUUUCCAUUUAUUUUCCUUUUUUAAAUGUUAUUGCUAUUAAGACCUGCCUCUUUUAGGAGAUGCCCUACUUGUACAAGGAUAGCUUAGUAUGAAGAUACAUGGCCUGUGUCAGCUGUGAACACCACACACAUGAAUUUUCUCCUUUCUUUGCAAAAAACUGUGAAACUGGGAGUUGGAAAGGAGGAGGUAUGUAGCUGCACCAGAGUAUGAUCUAGUAUAUGAAAUUCUUUUAACUCUAAAACUGUUCAACCAUGCAACCCCACUUUCAGAUUAAAUUUUUAAGACUUGUAGAAACUGGAAUCUUUUUGGAAGAGGGUUAUUGAUGUGAAUUUCCCUGAUCUGUUCUUAAUUUGGGACAGCCAUGCCUACACCCUUAAAUGUGUUGUCCUGGUCUUGCUUUUGUGUUUUUAAUAAUCUGUUGGGAACCGCCCAGAGUGGCUGGGGAAACCCAGCCAGAUGGGCGGGGUCUAAAUAAUAAAUUAUUAUGAUUAUUAUAGUAGCUCCUGUGUUGAGUUAUGUAUAAUUAGAAGCAUAUAUACACUAUUGCCCAUAAGAUACUUUCCUUUUCCCCAAACUUGGGGUACAAUUAUGAAAGCCAUAGUCUGCACCCAAUGAGAGACUAGUGCAGGGGUGAUUAACCUGUUUCUGGAACACAACUCCCAUCACUUCUGACCAUUAGCCAUGCUGUUUGGGGCUAAUAGGAGCUGGAGUCCAGCAUCAUCUAGAAGGCCACCAGUUAGCUGCCCCUGGUCUCGUUGCUGUUGUGAUCUAGCAACUGCCCAUGUGCCAUCUUCCCUUAUUUAAAACAUUUCCAGAAGGGAGUAUGCUGGCCAUAGUGCAAUUUAGGCACUGAUUGUCCUUGAUAUUUUGAAGCAAAUUACAAAGGUGAAUACUUUGAGACUGAAGGUGAGGAUGGUGCAGUACUAGCAACAAUUCUUGCAUACUUGGAUCUUUCUAAAUAUGUCAGUGGCAAUCCUUCAGCCCCCCCCCAUUGGUUCUACAUGUUAACCCCAAUCCAGCAUAGCGUUAGGUGCACUGAAGCAUAUGUAUCUGUUGGAUGGUGGCAGUGGGUUCUUCUAAAGGUUGUAGAGCUUUAUGCAGCCAACUGGCCUAAUAACAUGCUGACAGCCAUCCAGUACUAGCAACCAUUGUACUAAACCAUUCUCUGCAAGUCGAAACUCCUAGGUAGUGAGAACUACCUGAAAAGCUGACAGCGUCUUUUUAUGUUGGCGAAUGCAUUUCUAGUUCUGUACUUCUGAUGCACUUGGACUGAGGAAGUAAAAUAAUAAUAAGAGGCCUGGCAAAAAGCUUGGUGUUGUUUCUAUGAAUUAGCAAAAGUGAAAUAGUUGUCUUAAAAAAAAAAGUGAUUGCAAGACUCCCGCACAAAGUACUUACAAUAAGGUGCCUUUAUUUAUACAAUAGACUUUUUAAUAUAUUAUUCAAAACACUUUUUUUAAUACUGAAAAAGGUUGAGUACAUCAAAGCCGAAAAUGGCUCUGCUAUACGCUGCACAGCAUUGUUUGAGUCCCUGUAUUCUUUUUAUGUACAGAAAGCAUCUGCAAAAUGCAUUCUAGACACAAUAUGCACCUUACCAGUUAGUGUCAAUACACAAAUUAAAAUGGGAGCGAUACCACCUGCAUGUGCAAAUGAAAGAUAAUUGAUUUCACUGAAUCAAUAGAUUUAAAAUAUAGCUUUAAAGUACCUUUUUGCACGUAAAAUGAAGCAGCUUCCAAGUUCAGUAAAUCUGUAUACUGCAAAGACAUUGAAAUACAUUCACAAUCUAUGUUCAUAGAGUAGUAAGUGGUUCUUCAUUCAGCCAUAUUUACAAUGAUAUUGUAAUUAAACUGAAAAGUACAGUUCUUCAUAUAGCAAUCUUUGUAACACAUACAAAAAUGACAGUUCUGUAUAUAAUUUAAGCUCAAAAUCACAAUUUUCUCAAAAUAUUAAUUACAAUACAGCUAUCUCUAUAAUUAAACAUGUGUUUUAUAAAAUGGUAAAAUUUGUAAUAAAGUAAGUUGUUUUUGACUUGAUUACAGUACUCACAAGUAGAAAAAUGUAACUUAAUAAGUCUUUGUCUUGCCCAGUGUUAAGCCACCUAAGCUAGCAAAGAGGCAGGAAAGGCCCCAGUUUAUAAAAAUUCAGCCUCUUGUGCUGAACUGGUGUGGCUUCUUGAUGUUAAGAAUAAAAGCUUUUACAAGAGGGCAUGAAAAUUCUAGAUGGAGUAAAAUGGUGUGUAUUAUACAUGUUUUGUGUUUGACUUAAUGUGCAUCUGAAAAGUUCAAAAAGACUAGUAAAGAUGACUCAUUCUAAAAGUCUGAGUUAAAAUUCUGCUAUUGUAUAGAGCGUUAGAAAUCUGGCUAUUAAAAAUUUGUGUGCUGAGGAAAACAAGGCUUUGCCUUUGGGUGUCAGUAUUGGGCUGCGCAAAUAUGACUACCAUUGUUGUUGGGCAUAGCAAAAACUGUCCUUGUUGUUCAUUAACCCACCUUCACUACAUGUGAAUCCAAUCCAAAUUACUGGUUUAGAAAUAGAUUUUAUUCUUAUCUCAUACUUGGAACACAAUGCAAUAAUGAAGACCAUGAGCAAAGGAAAAAAUGGAACUGAAAAUAUUCAACAGCAAUUCCUAAAGGAAGAAAAAAUGUUUUGUGAAAGUGUAAGUCACUAUUUGAGUUCCAUCUUAAUUUUGCCCCAAAAGUACAUGAAAACUGUAAACAUGGGAAACCCGAAUCAAUGUUACUAAACACUGUUGCUGUUGACAAUGAUACAUUCUGAACAUUAGCAGGGAGGUGAGCAGAUUAGCAUUUUGCUUAUAUUUCUGUGAUUUGCAUGAUUAUUUCUUAGAGAGGCAUGUAUUGCAGUCAGACACAGAACUCAGUACACUCACAAGUUAGCUCUGUACGACGCUGAAACUACUGGUUUUAGUUUGGUAAAUGGGCAGGCACUGCUGCUGCAAGAAAGGGAAGCAGAGAGUGGUAGGAUAAAGAACACUAUCCUUUGUGGAACAUAGCUUUCAUUCCAGAUAUCCUAGGCACAAGGUUUAUAAUAGGUUUUUGUUUUUAAAUUAACUGCUGUUCCAUCUUUUAUUUAUAAAUUGGUCACAAGCAGGGCUUUCUUUCCAGCCAGAACUCACUGGAACUCAGCUCUGGCACCUCUCAGGUGGGUGCCAUUGCCAUCAUAAUAGAAGAAGGGAGGCAUUCAUGGUGAGUUCCAGUAUCUCUUUUUCUAGAAAAAACAGCACCGGUCACAUAGGGCACCAUCCAGAGCGACUUGAUGCAACCAAUGUAGCUAAGACGUCUGCCCUUUUUUGGGAAACAUUUCUCAUCUAGUCUCAUUGCACAGCAAUUUCUGGGUGAGUUACAACAAAACAGUUUCAAAUUCACAAUACAGUUACUAAAAUGAGGCAUAGAGCCAGCCACCUAAAAAUAACAAUACUGGCAUCAGAUCUUGCUAUGUGCCUGUGCGAAUUACCAGAUAUCUAAAACUUAACAAGAUUUAGGUAUCACGGAGGGGUGGUGUUGGUUCCAAAAUGGAAGCAUCAUCACUGAGAAAGCGUGUGAUGCUUAGAUGGGAGAUCACAUGGAAACAAGAUGUAUGCUGACUUGAGUUCAUGAGGGAAGAAAGAGAUUAGUGUAGUGGCAAACCCAGUAACGGCAGAAGUUACAUUUUGACUACCUAUAUUUGUAGUCAUAGGGGUUUCUGCAAUUGCUGCAGCAGGUGGCUAUAAGCACAACACAUGACUUUGAAUCUUAAUUAUGGUGGUUGCCUGAGUUAUCUGGUGGUCAUGUGUUAUAGCUCAUAUAUAAAUUAAAAUUUGCAUAUACCGUAUUUUUUGCACCAUAACACUCACUUUUUUCCUCCUAAAAAGUAAGGGGAAAUGUCUGUGCCUGUUAUGGAGGGAAUGCCUACGGGUGGCAUGCCUACGGAUUUUCCUCCUCUAAAAACUACGUGCGUGUUAUGGUCAGGUGCGUGUUAUAGAGCGAAAGAUACGGUAGGUAAGAACAAUGGUUCCAAACCAAGAAGCUUUUGAAUUUAUUAAUGCAUGCAAUUGUAAGAGCAGACGUCUAUACUGCAAGAGGCAUUCCUCCUCUUAUGGGAGAAAAGCACAUAACUCUUAAGAGUACUUGCCAUCUACCGUUUUUAAACAAAUACUUUGAGUUUCCCCCCACAAGUGUAUGUCCUGCCUGCCUGCAUGGAUACAUAACAAGCUUAUGUCACUGCCUCCAUGUAGUGAUGCUCCAUACACAUUAUGUUUUCCUGAACAGCUGUUGUGCUGAAUUGAAGGAAUGUCAGCCUUUCCCUUUAUUUUACUUACAGUGUAGCUCUAAUGUGAGAGUUGGUAAAUAAACCUUUAAGAACUGUUGCUAACAGAACUGGUACCAUGGCAACCAAUGCAGCAGAGUCAAAUUCUAAAGAAGUGUAGAAUAAAUGUCAAUUUUUGGAUUUCACUGUAUUUUUAAAUCAUUAUCAAAAAUGAAAACAAAUUAAUUUUAAAACAUAGGAUCCCCAUCUGGAUAGGAGGACUAGUAAGUUUCAUAGCAUUUGAAGUUUUAGAUCAUUGAUCUGGGAUUCAAAGAUCACUACAGGCCCACAGCAUGCAAAAGCAAUAACAUCUUAUUCUCCAUUCUUGCUACGAAACAAAGAGCAAGAACAUAUGAUUCCCAGGCCAUCUCCCUGGCUUCCAUGGCAGGUAGAUCAACUUUAUCCCUACUUGUUAAUUAAGCAACCUGUCAUCAUUAUCUGAUUUGAUAAAACAGUUAGGCUGAAACCACAUUCUGUUUAGUCGUAAGGCUAUCCUGAGUUAUUUUAUGGUUUUAUAUUUCAUUGCCAACUGUAUUGAAGGUGUCAUAUAAAUAUUUUAAAUAGUUUAAUUAUAAUGUAUAUUCAGAAACAUUAUUGCUUGUGUAAAGUGCUAAGAGAACUGAAUUACAUUAGGGCUAAACCACUUUUAAUAAGCUACAGUGAUGGUUCUUCUAUUGAUAAGCAAUAUUAAGUGAUUUGCACACUAUUCCCCUUCAUUAACUGUCACCUUAUGGAUUAACUCCUACACAUAUUUCAUCAAAUAAAGCAUGUUGUUCAUUAAGAAUUUGAGCUGAGCAUAUUUUUGCAAUAGUAGGGUCUGAGCUUGGAACAUGGGAAAUGGCAUGGAAGGAGUGCAUUGCAGGUUAAAAAUAUUCAGAUUAGCUGUGACUAUUCUUUGUAUAACCCUAAACCACGUCGCAUGAUUGUGGUAAAGGUACCCCUGACCCUUAGGUACUUUGACGUGCUUUCAAACUGCUAGGUGGGCAGGAGCUGGGACCGAGCAACGGGAGCUCACCCCGUCAUGGGGAUUCAAACUGCCGACCUUCCGAUCUGCAAGCCCUAGGCUCAGUGGUUUAGACCAAAGCGCCACCCGCGUCCCUAUGAUUGUGGUAAGAAAGAGCAAAUCCCCUUCUUACUAAUUCCUUUCUGGACACAAUUCAAAGUUCUGGUAAUUAUCUUUGAAGCCCUAACAGCAAACAUGGUGAACCUUUUUCAAACUGAGGGCUGCAUUACGUCAUGGGUAACCUUCCAGGGGCCACAUGUUAGUGGCGGGUAGGGCCAGAGGACCAGUGGGCUGAACAAAGGAUGUGAGACUUUUGUACACUAGACUACAUUCCAGCCAUGCAAACCCAUCAGAAAGGCAGAGGUUUACACAGACACCCACGUUUUUAUCUCCAGGCAAGUAAGAGGCCUUAGCACAGCUCGGAGACAAAUUCUAGUUGGGCAGUGUGUGGCCUGGGGAGAAUCUGAGGGCCAGACAAAGAGGUUCCUCAUCCCUGCCCUAAAGGAUACCUGAGGGACCAUCUCCUAGGUUGCCUGCUGCCUAAGAUUUGCUUUGAAGGCUUCCUUCCAUGUCAUGUUCCAGGCUGAACAUUGAAUAUUGGAUGGGAAGUGGCAAAAAAAGCCACCUCUGUGGUCAUACCCACAUUAUAUUACCUCAUUAUAUCAUAUCUCACUGUAUAUCUUACGCCUGCUGUGUGGUGCAUCUUAUCAUCAUCUUUGGCUGCGCCUGUCUUUGUUGUAUUGGUUUAUAUGGUUGUAUUAUUUCAAGCUACCCUGAGUGAUGCAAAUACAUAUGAAGGGCAGGGGAUGAGCUUUUCAAAUAAUAGUAUACACACUGAAGCUCAGUUUUGCGUGUGUGACACCCUCUCCCAGCUCAGGGAGUACCUUAAAUUAAUCCUGUAAGGCAUUGGGUGCUAUUCGGCUAAGUUUUACUCAGAAUAGAUGCACUGAAAUCAAUGAAAAUGAUUAACUUGGACAUUACUACUCUGAGCAAAACAGUUGAACACCACCCAUGAAAUUUAAAAAGGCAAAGGGAGGAAUUCAGUGUCUCACCAUUACGUUUGUUCUGUCAGCGCAAGCAUUUUUGCUUGCCAGUCAGAAAGAUCUCCCUCUCCUCUGCCCCCCCAAGCUGACUGGGUGGCCAGAAAUAGGGGGGAGCCCUGUUGCACUAGCAGAGCUCAUUGCACUGUCUCCCACUAGCACAAAUAUUUAGUUGUAUCAGGCCCAAAAGUUUUAAAGUGCAAUUCUAUAAAUGUCUCCUCAGAAGAAAGCCCCAUUAAGUGCAAUGGAAUUUAUUCUCAGGUAAGUGGAUAUAGGACUACAGGUUAAUUUAUAUAUAGAUUUCAUUUUAAAUGUCUAUAAAAAUACUAUUUAAUAAUCCAUUAUAUUUGACUUUAGACUUUGUGGGAAUUACAGUUUUAAAUAGUUUUCUUUCUAAAGCCAUGAAGAACUUUGAGGCUGUGGCUGGGUACACACACUACCUUAAAAGGGCAUGGCUUCCCCCAGAGUACUCUGGGAAUUGUAGUUUAUCCCUCACAAGGCUAUUGGGGUAGGUGGGUGUCAUGUCUUUUAAAGGUGUGGUGUGCACGCAGCCUGUUUUUUGAUGGACGGAAUAAUUUGUAAAUAGCUUGUGUGUGCUUCUGUGUUCUGAAAUUACAUGACAUCUAGAAAUAAUUAAAAAUCAUCUUGAAAAAAAGCUGGUACCAAUGCACAGAGGCUUACAAUGAGAACUAAUAUGUAAUCCCAUGGAAGUUACAUUUAUAUAGAUAUCCCUCCCAAUGAUCAGUACUACAUAUAUUAUACAUUUGGCACUAUGUUUGCCAUUGGUCCAGCAAUUGGCAAUUUCCCCCAUAUAUAUAUAUAUAUUCAUUUAUUUAUAUAUAUAUGUAUAUAAAUUUUUAUUUAAUUAAACAUUAGAUCUGGCUAGACAUAUUUUACUAUUUAUAAAAAAUAUUUAGACAGUAAGCUCACGUUGAAUAACUAGGUCUACUGUAUUCUGGAAACUCUUCAGUAGUAGUACAGCUUUUUCAUGUUCCAUAUGUACAAAACUGUGUCCAUUUGCCUGUAACAGACAAAAGAGAAAAAAUUAUAACUAGAUAUCCAUUGUGGCUACAUGGGAAAUACAGUUGUAAAAUCAACUGAAAUCCUACAGGUGUAUAAAAAUCAGCUGGAAAGUUAUCCCAGUAAAAGCUCCAUUCAAAUUUUGGUUUUCCAAAAGUCUAUGCAACCCCAUAUUGGUGUGGUCAUCUAUUGCUCUCUUGUUUAUUUCCACCUUAUACCAAUUUAUGUGGGUUUAUAAUUUUCGUUUCCAGGGGUCUGCCUCAAUUCAGCAAGGAGACUUGCUCUCAGAAAGAAGCUACUCAGGUUUCCAUCCUGAUCACAUUGGUUUCUGUGUAUGGAAGUGUCUCAUAAGAAUAAAUAACUACAACCCGCAACUCUACUUGGAUGAGUGUUAUCCUUGUUGGACUAAUCCACAUUACCUAAUAGUGUAUUAGUGUGGUAAAGAGAGCUGCAAGAAUGAGUUCAGAGCACUUGAGUUUGGUCAGUCCUGCCUUCCACAUCGGCACUGACGCUGGUGAUCUGUUAGCCAAAGAGAUCCUUAAGUGCACACUGUUGCUGCUGUGUGCGGUUUAGGUCAGGGUUUGUGAAAAGAACAACUAUUCAGUGACAACAACUAUAAUUUAUAAACUGGGCAUGUUUGAGCAUGCACCACCCUUGUACAAAUGCCAAGCUGAAUGCUGAGAAUACCCAUGUUCUCCACGUAAAAUGAACACAUUUUGCUUUAUUUCAUAAUUGACUUUGUUUGUUUUUCAAAGCAAAGGCAGCAGGACCAGAGAAUGAAAAAAAGAAGUGCCAGUAUUGAAGUAGAAGGGUAAGAUACUGCAGAAGUAGUUUUGAAGUGCCAAGCAGGUACACCGGCCACGGAUUUCAGAACAAACAUGGUUUGCCUAUUUCCAUGAUUUUAUCUGUAACAUAAAAGCUUAGAAAAUGAAAACCAACUUUCUCAGGGAUCCAAAUUCCCUGUUAAGAUUACUUGUUAAUGGAUACAAUUGUACACAUGUGUAAUAUACUCUAUUCUACAAGUCAUCAAAUACAAUGCCAGUCCAGAU